GGCCAAUCUGUACAGUGCUUUGAUUCUGACUCUGCUUUCCCUUUCCUUUUGUUUUGACUGAUCAUGGCGUCAAUUGACAAGUGGCCCUAAUCUUUUCUGCGCUGGGGAUUUCGAUUCUCUCUCCCGAAUCACAAUAAACAAUCCCCUCUCCUCCCUUUCUCUUUGAUCUCACUGAAAUUUUGGAUCCUCAGAAUCUCUGCUUUUACUCCUCCCCAUUAAUUAAACCAACCCAUUUCCCCCACUUAUAAGAUGACCCCAUUUUUCAUCUUCCAUCACCAACCCUUUUCUCUUCUCUCUCUUUCCUGGCCAUGGCGACGGUUCCUGACCUCCUUCGCUGCAACCCCGUCGACGGACUUGUUGGGGUCUCCGACGAUUCGAAACAGAGUAGUAGUUGCGGUUCGACCCAGCUUCAUGUUCUUGCAGUCGAUGAUAGCCUUGUCGAUCGGAAAUUUAUUGAGCGGUUGUUGAAGAUCUCGUCAUGUAAAGUUACUGCUGUUGAGAGCGGGAGAAGUGCUCUUCAGUAUCUGGGUUUGGAUGGGGAAACAAAUUCUGUUCAGUUUAGUAGUGGUUUGAAGGUGAAUCUUAUUAUUACAGACUACUCCAUGCCUGAAAUGACAGGAUAUGAACUGCUCAAGAAGAUCAAGGAAUCAUCAGCUUUCAGGGAGAUUCCUGUUGUGAUAAUGUCAUCAGAGAAUAUUUUGGCUCGAAUAGAUAGUUGCUUGAAGGAAGGGGCUGAAGAAUUCAUAGUGAAGCCUGUGAAAUUGUCUGAUGUGAAACGAUUGAAAGAUUUCAUUAUGGAAGGAGAAAAUGGAGGAAAGAAAAUUGGUUUAAAAAGGAAGCUCCAUCUUGAUCAUGAUCACAACCCUUUGUGUCUGGGGUCUCUGGUGCCGUCGGUGACAGCAUUUGACCAUUGCCAAGGAUUUCUGCAACGAUCUCCGCCCUCGUUACAACCAUCGCCGAUCAUACGUUCGUUGAAGAAACCUAGGUUCCUCAAUAGCAAUUAAUUCACAUGAUGAUGGAGUGCAAGUGAUAAAAGUUCUUUGAUCUUGUUAUUAUUUUUUGUAUAAAUGUUGAUUUGGGUGUUAUUGGGAACUUCCCCCAUUUGCUGUUUCUGUGUUUUUGGUUCAUUGUUGUUUAAAAAAACUCAGAGAUUUAAAAACAGAGAAAAAGAAAGUAUGAAGUCAUUAGUUGUAAGCCUUAAAAUGAGAUUUUCCCCCCCUUCUUUUUUGGGGUGGUGAUGUGAAAGUAUUUUUAAGUUUGAAUGAACAUAAUAGACAAAUUUUGUAA